GGAGACUUGCCGUUGCUUCUCCCCUUCGCUCUGCUCCCUCUAAAAAGUAAGUAAAACCCCACCUUUUUAAUCUCCAAUAAACCUUUUUAAUCUCCAAUAAACUUCUCUCUCUCUCUACAAAAUCCAUCGAAGCCGAAGGGAAGCCAUGAGCAUCGAGUACGAUUACCUCUUCAAGCUGCUCCUCAUCGGCGACUCCUCCGUCGGCAAGUCCUGCCUCCUCCUCCGAUUUGCUGACGAUUCGUACGUGGACACUUACACCAGUACCAUCGGUGUUGAUUUCAAAAUCCGAACUGUCGAGCUUGAUGGAAAGACUGUGAAGCUACAAAUUUGGGACACGGCAGGCCAGGAAAGGUUCAGGACAAUAACAAGCAGUUACUACCGGGGAGCUCAUGGAAUCAUUAUCGUAUAUGAUGUGACUGACAUGGAAAGCUUCAAUAACAUCAAGCAGUGGUUGAGUGAGAUUGAUAGGUACGCCAGUGACAGUGUAUGCAAGCUUCUUGUCGGAAACAAGUGUGAUUUGGUCGAUAGUAAGGUUGUUGAUACAGAAAAGGCCAAGGCUUUUGCAGAUUCAAUAGGAAUUCCUUUUAUCGAGACAAGUGCAAAGGACUCCAUCAAUGUGGAGGAAGCUUUCUUAACCAUGUCAUCAGAAAUCAAGAAAAGGAUGGCAACCCAACCAACCGUGGAGAGAAGACCUACCGUCCGUGUUCACGUGAAAGGGCAGCCAAUACAGCAGAAGAGCAGCUGCUGCUCGUCAUAGGCCCAACAACAUACCUAUCAUCAUAGCCUUUUGGUGAGUGGUUGGAUGGAUGGAUGCUGCAAGAUCCAUCCAAAAUUGUGUCGUUUUAGCGUUAGAUGUCCAUACUGCAUACAGAUUAGCAUCACAGUUUGUGUAAUGGCGCAAUACCAUCAGUUAAUUACAUGAUACGGUGUGAGUGGUGACUGUUGAUUGUUGAACAUUAUGGUUAUAUCAAUCAUCUUGUCGUCAGGUGGA